AUGGAUCAGAGGAAGAACUGGCCUCGGGUACUGGACUCCGAUGGCUGGUCAGUGGCUUUGCUCUGUCUCUUCCUGGCAUCGCUCUCCCGAAAUGUGUCCAGCAAUGCCUUGUUCAGCACUUUCCACUCCGAGAACCGGGACUGGACGUUUAACCACCUGACUGUCCACCAAGGCACCGGAGCAGUCUACGUUGGAGCUAUCAACAGGGUUUACAAGCUUUCGGGUAACCUGACCAUUUUGGUGGCUCAUAAAACUGGUCCUGAGGAGGACAAUAAAUCCUGCUACCCACCCCUCAUUGUUCAGCCAUGCAGCGAGGUCCUCACCCUCACCAACAAUGUCAACAAGCUGCUGAUCAUUGACUACUCUGAGAACCGGCUGCUGGCUUGCGGUAGCCUCUACCAGGGGGUCUGCAAGCUGCUGCGCCUGGAUGACCUCUUUAUCUUGGUAGAGCCCUCGCACAAAAAGGAGCACUACCUCUCCAGUGUCAAUAAGACGGGCACGAUGUAUGGUGUGAUUGUGCGCUCGGAAGGCGAAGACGGGAAGCUCUUCAUCGGCACAGCGGUGGAUGGGAAGCAGGAUUAUUUCCCGACCCUCUCCAGCCGCAAACUUCCCCGGGACCCAGAGUCAUCAGCAAUGUUGGAUUAUGAGCUCCACAGUGACUUUGUCUCAUCCCUCAUCAAAAUCCCCUCAGAUACCUUGGCCCUCGUUUCGCACUUUGACAUCUUCUACAUCUAUGGUUUUGCCAGUGGCAACUUUGUCUAUUUUUUGACUGUCCAGCCAGAGACCCCAGAGGGUGUCUCCAUCAACUCCGCCAGUGAUCUCUUUUACACGUCUCGCAUAGUCCGUCUCUGCAAAGAUGACCCCAAAUUCCAUUCCUAUGUCUCUCUGCCCUUUGGCUGCGUCAAGGGGGACACAGAGUACCGCCUCCUGCAAGCAGCGUACCUCUCCAAGCCAGGAGAUGUGCUGGCCAAGUCCCUCAACGUCACGGCCCAGGAGGAUGUCCUCUUUGCCAUUUUCUCCAAAGGACAGAAGCAGUACCAUCAGCCACCCGACGACUCUGCGCUUUGCGUCUUCCCUAUUCGCACCAUCAACGCGCAGAUCAAGGACCGUCUGCAGUCCUGCUACCAGGGGGAAGGCAACCUGGAGCUCAACUGGCUCCUGGGGAAGGACGUCCAGUGCACUAAAGCGCCAGUCCCGAUCGAUGACAACUUCUGUGGCCUUGACAUCAACCAGCCCCUCGGAGGCUCCACGCCGAUCCGAGCAGAUGGUCCUCCCCAUGGUGGAAUUCAGUAUGAAAUGGUGACAGUUUUCAAGGACGGGAGCCCAGUCCUUCGAGACAUGGCCUUCUCCAUCGACCAGAAGUAUCUGUAUGUCAUGUCGGAGCGACAG